AUGGAUUCAACAACCGCAACACCGGAAUCUCAGGGAAUUUCAUACUUGGGCAGUAUCGCCCUGCUCGUUUCCUCUAUCACCGGUCCUGGGCUUGUCACGACUUCGCUGCUACUAUGCGAAGCUUCCAGUGCGAUUGACGGAAAUGAUAAAUUUCAACGCAAAAUUGAAUUCUCUCAUCUCACCGCAAUUCUCGUGACCAACAAGCGAACACGACUUAUCAUUCAACUAUUCCUUUUCGUGUCACUUCAAUCAGUCAACAUCGCUUCGAUAUUAUUAUCCGCGCAGUCAAUGGACACGGUGUUGAUAUCGCUUUUUGGCAAGACGUGUGGGCUAGGAAUAUAUCCGGAAAGUGGAUUCUACUGUGUAUACCAACAAGGUGAUUUCAACAGUCCAUUUGGAACAAAUUAUAUGGUCGCAACAUUAGGAUUUCUGAUUACUUUGGUCAUGGUUAUGCCCCUGAGCAUUUUCUCCUUGUCAGAUAAUAUCAAAGUCCAGAUUGCCUCGUUAUUUGGACUUGUGUUUAUUUUCUGCGGUUGGCUCGUUACAUUUUUCAAGCAAGGACUGAAAACUUCGUACGUUCCACUGAUCGGUGAAAAUAUGAGCGAUGUCAUUGGAACAGUGAUAUUCAAUUAUGCCUUCAUUACAACCGUUCCAAGUUGGGUUAACGAUUUGCGUCCCAAUGUUUCCAUACGGAAAUCCGUGUGGUAUUCCAAUCUAAUCGCGACCACGGGCUACAUCUUACUCGGGGUGGUUGGUGGGAUGGCAUUUCAAAUUAAUCCAACGUCGGACAUUAUCGCCGUCAUGAAUGAAUCCAACCAAAAAAAUUGGUUGACCACGGCCAGCACUUAUGUGUUCCCGGUUGCAGUGUUGAUUACAACUGAGGUCAAACGACAAGCCUCGGUGAGAAGCGCUCGGUCCAUCAAAGACUGGAUAGGUAUACAGACAAUCGCCAAGGAAAUAUCACGUGAUACAACAGACGCGUCUCUGGGCAUAUUAAAUGGUAACAACAUCGAUGAUUCAGCAACGAAUCCUGAUCUCAGGGUCCUGGAUGUGGACGAUAGUGGAUGCUUAAUAAUCUCAACUUUGCCACCACCGUCACAAGGCAAUCCAGAACGUCGAGUAGUGUCCGCUCCGCCAGUUCCAACAUCACGAAAAUUCGAAUCUGUAUGUGAAGACUCAAAUAGCCGUUACAUCGCCCGAAGUCUCCAAUCGAUACCGAUUCUAAAUCGCAUAACAUCCAAUCGUCGUCGUGUAUCGCCACCUCCAAGCACUGAAAUUAACUCGCAAAGAACCAGCAUACCGACGAUUGUACUGUGUGAGGAAGGCGGCCAUCAAGAUGUCAUAGUUGAGACAGAUAGAUCCUCGUCGGAACACAGCAAAAGUGAAAAAAGUGACUCCUUCGUGUUCGAGAUUCCCCCCGAACGAUUUAAAGCUUUCCCGGUGUCAGCCAAGAAACGACUAUGGAUUACUUACAUCUGUUCAGCGGGUGCGCUCCUAACGGUGAUCUCAGUCAUUUUAUACGAUUUGAUAGAAACGGUGUUAGGGAAUGAUGUUUUCGACUGA